GGCCGACGCCGGCCAUCUUCCUUUUGCUGAAAGUGAGGUGAUCGACGCCAUUACGUGACGAAAAUAAUCUGCGCCGCAAAUAUUUUUUUCAGUGAUUGUGUUGUGGUUAAUUCAUAAAUAGUGUUAGUUUUAGUGUAUUUAUAGAAGAAUAGAAACUAAAAUGCCGGGCGCCGGUACUUUCAAAAUCUUCGUCGGGAAUCUAUCCGAUAAAACUACAGAUGCCGAUCUCAGACCGCUAUUCGAAAAAUACGGUACCGUCGUAGAAUGCGAUAUCGUCAGAAAUUACGGUUUCGUGCAUAUGGAAAACGAACAAGUCGGUCGCGAAGCUAUUCAGAACCUGAACGGCGAGCUGGUUCAUGGGCAAGCCAUCAAAAUAGAAGCGGCGAAGAGCCGCAAGGCGCCCUCGACACCCACCACCAAAAUAUUCGUCGGUAACCUGACGGACAAGACGCGCGCGCCCGAGGUCCGCGAGCUGUUUCAGAAGUACGGGACGGUCGUGGAAUGCGAUAUCGUGCGUAACUACGGAUUCGUGCACCUGGACGCGACUGGCGACGUGAACGACGCCAUCAAAGAGCUGAACGGCAUGAUGGUGGACGGGCAGCCCAUGAAGGUGCAGCUGUCGACCAGCCGCGUGCGCCAGCGCCCCGGGAUGGGCGAUCCCGAGCAAUGCUACCGCUGCGGCCGCGGCGGCCACUGGUCCAAGGAGUGCCCCAAGGCCCUGGGCCCUGACCGCAACGGCUUCCGCGAUCGCGCGUUCGGCCGCGACCCGUACCCUCCGCCGCCGCCGCCGCCCUUCCUCCGCGAUCGCAUGAUGGGAGGAUUCGGGGACCCGUACGAUGGAUACUACGAUCGCGCCCGGUUCGAUUCCCCGCGCGACCUGUUCGAGCGGCGCUACCCCGUGGGAGGGUCUCGCGGGCUCGAGAUGGGCGCGUCGCGCGGCGCCCGCGGGGAUUUCGCGUCGCCGCCGCUGCGCCGCGAGCCCAUGCCGCCAAUGCCGAGUCUGCCGCCGAUGCGCAGCGCCAUGGGAUCCAUGAGGUCGUCGUAUGAUGCUAUGUUCAGCCGAAGAAGCCCCCCGCGCGGGCCUCAGAUGUCGCGGGGAAUGUACGAGGACUUUAGUCGAGACACAUUUGAUGACAGGAGGCCCGGGAUGCGCGGCCCCUCGCCCUCCCGAAGGUACGCUCCCUAUUGAGACGUAAAAAACGGAGAAAAUUUGUUGUGUAACAGUAACACGUCAAUCGUUGAAUUUUAGUUCAACAAAUAUUUAAUUUUUAUACAUAGACUUAUUAUUAUUAGUUAAGGAGUGACUGACUGCGAUUUCCAUAGAUUAGUUAUGUACGAUUGGUGUCGAGAAUUUGUGAUGGAAUGGAUUGUAAAUAAGUAAAAUAAAUCUCAUUUUAAGUACA